AUGGCAUUGUGUUUGAAGAAUCUAGAAGAGAGAAAAGAGGAAGAAGAUGGCAACAGAAGGAGCAUGGAGGAGGCUGUAAAUGAUGUGAAGGCCCAUGCUGAUAUGGUUAAAUAGCAGCUGUCAGAAAAAAUGACUGAUCUUCAGUUACUUCUUCGGGAAGAAGAGAGUCUGGCAAAAAACUUAAUUGAUGAAAAGACUCAGCAAGCCAUGGAAACACAUGAUCAGCAUUUGAGGCCCUGUCAAGAACAGCUUGCAGCCCUAGAGACCUUCACACAUCAGAUCAGACAAAUACAACAGGACAGUGAUCCUAUUAAUUUGCUGGAGAAGUACACAGAAAUUGAGAAGGAAAUUAAGGAAUCCAGGCACCCAUUAGAAAAGUGGCAUCCAGUACCUCUCUCGUUUGAACACUUACUUAACCAUUAUAAACACUUCAUCAGACUUCUUCAGUCCAUUCUACAGAAACUAUUGGAAGACCGGCUUAAAGAAGAUGUUUUCAGUAGCCUUAAUCCCCCUGCAAAGAAAGAGCCUGGGACAGUGCUGAAAACCAUGACUCCUAUUGAUCGGUUGCUUUUCUUAAAAUAUGCAAGAUCACCAACCUGGGAAUACGACAGCAUUCACCCAAGACUGAAGUUGUCAGAUGACUGUCUUGAAGUAAGCUGUAGCUGGAGGAAAAUAUUUUACCCCUGUAGUCCCCAGAGAUUUGAUAAAUUAUGGCAAGUGCUAAGCAGAGAUGCAUUCCUUUCUGGGAGCCAUUACUAGGAGGUUGACCUGCUUCGGGCUGGAGCAGGAUGGUGGAUUGGCGCAGCCUACCCUGCCAUUGGCAGGAAAGGAGACUCUGAAACCUGUCAACUGGGCUGGAAUAGAGCAUCUUGGUGCCUUAAGAAGUCUGAUUUUGAAUACUGGGCAUUUCACAAGGGAGAAAGAAUCCCCAUCCUGAUACAAGAUGAUCCUGAUUGCAUUGGCAUUUUUCUAGAUUAUGAGUCAGGAAUCCUUUCAUUCUACAAUGUUAGCGAUGACAUGGCUCAUUUGCACACCUUCUGCUGCAAGUUCACAGAACCAAUUUAUUCAGCCCUGAGACUCUGGGAAGGGUCCAUUAGAACAUGCAAACUAACGUAA